AAGAUUUUUUUGGAGAGAAAUUUUUGACUGACAGCAGUAUAAAAGGCCUUAAACCCUAGCCGCUUUCAAAUAUUUCUCAACGCUUGUCUCCUAAGCCCCUCUUUUCCAUUUCUCCUUCUUGGCAAGAGGUAUACUCUUCUUUUCAUUUUAAGAUGGCUUUCAGUAGCAGAGUUGGUAUGAUUGUCAGGCAAAACGGGCAAGCUUCAUUGCCGUCUAUGCUCAACUCUAUCCGCUGCCUGUCAUCAUCUAAGCUUUUUAUUGGAGGACUUUCCUGGGGGACAGAUGACAGGUCACUUAAGGAAGCUUUUUCCAGCUUCGGUGAAGUGGUUGAAGCAAGAGUUAUAACUGACAGAGACACUGGGAGAUCAAGAGGAUUUGGGUUUGUUAACUUCGCCAGUGAUGACUCUGCCAGCUCGGCACUUUCAGCUAUGGAUGGUCAGGAGCUGAAUGGGAGAAACAUUCGCGUAAGUUAUGCCAAUGAGAGACCAAGUGGGCCUCGAUCAUUUAAUAACAAUUUUGGUGGUGAAGGAAAUUUUGGAAGAGGAGGGGAUUACUAGCUAUCCUUAACUUUAAUCUUGUAGCAUGCAGUUCAUUUUUUUAUUAAGGAUGCAUUAUUGUUUUAAUGGGUUGAAAUAUUUGAACUAAUGGAAUUAUUAUGUGGUUUGCUACAA